GCAGGACGGGGACAGAGCCACCACCCCGCGGGCACAGCCGGCCCGAGACGGCCCUGGCUGCACCGAGGGGUCCCCAAGCCGUGUCCCCCCUCCCUUAGCGGCGGGAAGCGCGGCCAUGGCGAUGCUCCUGGAGCCCGGGAUGCAGAGCCUGCGGAUGGGAGCCAACGGCGAGCGCUGCCCGACGCCGACCCCCCCCGGCACGCCGGGGACACCCCACGACAGCUGCAGCAUCGCCCCCCUGACGCCCUCCCAGUCCCCCAGGAGCGAGGCCCGUUCCCAGCAGGGCCCCUCCUUCGCCGUGGUCGUGGCCAUCGACUUCGGCACCACGUCCAGCGGUUACGCCUUCAGCUUCACCAGCGACCCCGAGGCCAUCCACAUGAUGAGGAAAUGGGAAGGGGGGGACCCGGGGGUGGCCAACCAGAAGACCCCCACCAGCCUCCUGCUGACUCCGGAGGGGACCUUCCACAGCUUCGGCUACACCGCCCGCGACUACUACCACGACCUGGACCCUGAGGAGGCCCGCGAGUGGCUCUACUUCGAGAAGUUCAAGAUGAAGAUUCACAGCACCAGCGAUCUGUCCAUGAAGACCGAGCUGGAGGCCGUCAACGGGAAGAAGAUGCCGGCACUGGAGGUGUUCGCCCACGCCCUGCGCUUCUUCAAGCAGCACGCGGUGCAGGAGCUGCAGGAGCAGUGCCCGUCGCUGCCCCAGAGCGGGGCCGUCCGCUGGGUGCUCACCGUGCCCGCCAUCUGGAAGCAGCCGGCCAAGCAGUUCAUGAGGGAGGCGGCCUACAAGGCCGGGCUGGUGUCCCCAGAGAGCCCAGAGCAGCUCCUGAUCGCGCUGGAGCCCGAGGCCGCCUCCAUCUACUGCCGCAAACUGCGGCUGCACCAGCUCAUCGAGCUGAGCGCCCGCCCCCCCCCCAACGGCCUGGAGCCCACCCACCACAUCGACUCCAGCUUCAGGCAGGCCCGGGAGCAGCUCCGGCGGUCCCGGCACAGCCGCACCUUCCUGGUGGAGUCGGGCGUGGGGGAGCUGUGGUCGGAGAUGCAGGCAGGUGACAGGUACAUCGUGGCGGACUGCGGCGGGGGGACGGUGGAUUUGACCGUGCACCAGAUCGAGAAGCCGCAGGGGACGCUGAAGGAGCUGUACAAAGCCUCGGGGGGUCCCUACGGGGCCGUGGGGGUGGACCUGGCGUUCGAGAAGCUGCUGUGCCAGAUCUUCGGUGAGGAUUUCAUCAGCACGUUCAAGGCGCGGCGCCCCGCGGCCUGGGUGGACCUGAUGAUCGCCUUCGAGGCGCGGAAACGCGCGGCAGCCCCGUCCCGCUCCAGCCCCCUCAACAUCUCCCUGCCCUUCUCCUUCAUCGACUUCUACCGCAAACACCGCGGCCACAACGUGGAGACCGCGCUCAGGAAGAGCAAUGUGAACUUCGUGAAGUGGUCAUCCCAGGGGAUGCUCCGGAUGUCCCCAGAGGCCAUGAACGAGCUCUUCCAGCCCACCAUCACCCACAUCAUCCAGCACAUUGACUCGCUCCUGCAGAAGCCGGAGGUGCAGGGCGUCAAGUUCCUGUUCCUGGUGGGGGGCUUCGCCGAGUCCCCGGUGCUGCAGCAGGCGGUGCAGGCGGCCUUCGGCACCUCGUGCCGCGUGGUGGUGCCGCAGGACGUGGGGCUCACCAUCCUCAAGGGGGCCGUGCUCUUCGGCCUCGACCCCUCGGUGGUGCGGGUGCGCCGCUCGCCCCUCACCUACGGCGUGGGCGUCCUCAACAAGUUCGUGGAGGGGAAGCACCCGCGGGAGAAGCUGCUGGUCAAGGAGGGCAGGAACUGGUGCACCGACGUCUUCGAGAAGUUCGUGUCCGUGGACCAGUCGGUGGCGCUGGGGGAGGUGGUUCAGCGCAGCUACUGCCCCGCGCGGCCCGGCCAGCGCCGCACCCUCAUCAACAUCUACUGCAGCGCCCGCGACGACGUGCUCUACAUCACCGACCCCGGCGUGCGCCACUGCGGCACCAUCAGCCUCCAGCUGGACGGGGACGGCGGGGACGCCGCGCGGGGCCGCAGGGAGAUCCGCGCCAGCAUGCAGUUCGGGGACACUGAGAUCAAGGUCACCGCCGUGGACACCCGCACGGCGCGCACGGUGCGCGCCACCAUCGACUUCCUGUCCAACUGAGAGCCCUGGGACUGCCACCAUCGACUUCCUGUCCAACUGAGAGCCCUGGGACUGCCACCAUCCACUGCCUGUCCAACUGAGAGCCCUGGGACUGCCACCAUCGACUGCCUGUCCAACUGAGAGCCCUGGCACUGCCACCAUCGACUUCCUGUCCAACUGAGAGCCCUGGCACUGCCACCAUCGACUUCCUGUCCAACUGAGAGCCCUGGCACUGCCACCAUCGACUGCCUGUCCAACUGAGACAGCCUGGGACUGCCACCAUCGACUGCCUGUCCAACUGAGAGCCCUGGCACUGCCACCAUCCACUGCCUGUCCAGCUGAUCAUCCACCAUCACUGCCUGUCCAACUGAGACAGCCUGGGACUGCCACCAUCAACCAGGACCUGCCACCAUCAACCAGGACCUGCCACCAUUGACUGCCUGCUAUCAUUGACCAGGACCUGCCACCAUUGACUGCCUGCCCAACUGAGAGCCCUGGCACUGCCACCAUUGACCAGGACCUGUCACCAUCAACUUCUUCUCCAGCUGACUCCCUGUCAUUGUGGUGACCCCCAGGACCUGCCACCAUCAGCUUCCUCCCCAGAUGAGACUCCCCGUCGCUGUGGGGACCCCGAGGAUCUGCCACCCACUUGGUCACUCCAGCUGAGACCCCCCCUCAGCAGGACCUGACCUGCUACCGCUGAUUUCCCUCACAGCUGAGACCCUGUGUUUA